GCUCCCACCCUGACGUCACCCUGAGCUUCCAUAUAAGGCCCCGCCCGCGCGCGGCUCGGCGUGCUGGAGCCUCUGUCGCCGAACCCAUACCACGCUGCUGUGCGCCAGAAGCUGCUCAUCGUGCACUACCGGUCCCAAAAGCUUCAAAGUCCAACAAGAUGGCAACGCUCAAGGACCAGCUGAUUGUGAAUCUCCUUAAGGAAGAACAGGCCCCCCAGAACAAGAUUACGGUUGUUGGGGUUGGUGCUGUUGGCAUGGCUUGUGCCAUCAGUAUCCUAAUGAAGGACUUGGCGGAUGAGCUUGCCCUUGUUGAUGUCAUGGAAGACAAACUGAAGGGAGAGAUGAUGGAUCUUCAGCACGGCAGCCUUUUCCUUAGAACACCGAAAAUUGUCUCUGGCAAAGACUAUAGCGUGACUGCCAACUCCAAGCUGGUCAUCAUCACAGCGGGGGCCCGUCAGCAGGAGGGAGAGAGUCGACUCAAUCUGGUCCAGCGAAACGUGAACAUCUUCAAGUUCAUCAUUCCCAACGUUGUCAAGUACAGUCCAAACUGCAAGCUGCUCAUUGUUUCCAACCCAGUGGACAUCUUGACCUACGUGGCCUGGAAAAUUAGUGGCUUUCCCAAGAACCGAGUCAUCGGGAGUGGCUGCAACCUGGACUCAGCGCGGUUCCGUUACCUGAUGGGAGAACGGCUGGGUGUUCACCCACUAAGCUGUCAUGGCUGGGUCCUGGGGGAGCACGGGGACUCCAGUGUGCCUGUGUGGAGUGGUGUGAAUGUCGCUGGUGUCUCCCUGAAGAAUCUGAACCCAGACCUGGGCUCCGAUGCAGACAAGGAACAGUGGAAGGAGGUUCACAAGCAGGUGGUUGACAGCGCCUAUGAGGUGAUCAAGCUGAAAGGUUAUACGUCCUGGGCCAUUGGCCUCUCUGUGGCUGACUUGGCAGAGAGCAUAAUGAAGAAUCUGAGGCGGGUGCACCCCAUUUCCACCAUGAUUAAGGGUCUCUAUGGAAUCAAGGAUGAUGUCUUCCUCAGUGUCCCCUGUGUCCUGGGACAAAAUGGAAUCUCCGAUGUUGUGAAGGUGACUCUGACUUCUGAAGAGGAAGCCCGCUUGAAGAAGAGUGCAGAUACGCUCUGGGGGAUCCAGAAGGAACUGCAGUUCUAAAAGUCCUCAGAUGUCCUAGCGCUUCACUGUCCGGGCUGCAGCAGGGUUUCUAUGGAGACCGCACACUGUCUCCUCAUCUGAGCUGUGGGUAGGGCAGUUGUGUUCCCACAGCUCUACCCUGAUGCUAUGUGGUACUUGUGUAGUGGUGACCUGGUUGGUGUGACAGUCCCACUGUCUCCAAGACACUGCCAAUUGUGUGCAGGCUUCAGUUACCCUGUGAACCUGCUGUGUCUGGGCUAUGCACCCUCACCAGACAUGGCUAGGCCAAUGAUUUCCCAGUUAGUCAUAACCUGGCUCCAGUGUGUAAAUCCAUUGUGCAUAUCUUGUGCAUAACUGUUCUAAAGGAUAUUAUUUUGUGUAUUAUGUGUCUAGUGUACAUUGAAAUAUUAUGUAAAAUGUAAGAUCUGCAUAUGGAUGAUGCAACUAACUACCCAAGUGUCAUGCCAAUGAAAGCACCAAAUAAACCUUGAACAGUGA